AUGGAUGGGAGUGUUUUUGCACAGCUGUACCUCACUUACCAUGUGGCCCAGGUGUUUCGCCCCAGCCGCAGCCGCAGCACACAACGCACUCAUCAACCAGAGCAGCCACUCGAGUCGGCUCGAUCCCGAAUCCCCUCUCCUCUUUUUCUUCCCCACGCCGCCUCCCCCCCUCCGCAUCCGGCGCGGCGACCGGCAGAGGAGCCGGAGGAGGCGGCGGUUGCUCGGCUGACGGCCCGCGGAGACGACGACGCCCCCGCUGCCGCCGAGAACGACGGUGACAGCCAAUCGCCUGACCGGCGCAGUUCAUCAUCAUCCGCCUGUAAAGAUUUCCUCCGCAAGUUUGUGGACAACGAGCUUCUCACUGCAAGCCUAGAGGAUUGGUUUUCUGGGGACAGCGAGGACUGCGGUUUCCGGAAGCCGGCUUUCGAUGUUCCUUUUGACCUUGCCGAGCUGCAGAAUUUUGACUAUGCUCUGGAAGGUGUUACUUUUCAGCAGCUAGUGCGGAUGCCCAACGCUCUUCAUGCCUCAACAUCGGAUGUUUUUGAAGCUACUGCACACCUUGCCCUGGAGGAUUUUCUGCACGCUGGCAUCAAGGGACUGUGGGAAGCUUUCUGGGGUCCUGAGGAAGCUAUGCCUUUCUCUGUUGCUUGCAUACACAGCACGAGCUCCAGAUUUUACCCUGCCGAGAAGGCUAUUGGCAGUGGGAAACUCGAUGGUGUCUGUGCGACAGCUGUUCUGCUCAAGAAUUCGAAGCAUUCACAAGGGAGGUGGGAUCAUAUUGUUGUGUUGACUUUGUUGAGACCUGAUAUUGGAAUGGUUUCUGCGCAGAGUGACCAGCAUCUGUCUCCUGCUGUCCUGGGGGAGGCGCUAUUCUUUGCACUUCGUGUAUUGCUUUCUCGGAGCCUCAGCAGGUCCUCCACUGUCCUUCGAAAUUCAGAUUCUGUUUAUGUGCUCCUCGUAGAUUCACAGUUUGGAGGGGUGGUCAAUGUCCAAGGGGAUCUGAACAAGCUAAAUUUUGAUUUGAACAAUGUUUAUGAGUGUGCUGCUGAAUGGAUAAAAAAGGAUGCCAAAAUUACAGUUUCUUCCGUUGACCGGGUAUGGAAUAAACUUGGGAAUGCUAACUGGGGAGACAUUGGGACCCUUCAAGUUCUCCUUGCAGUUUACCACUCAAUGGUCCAAUUCUGCGGAGCACCAAAGUAUUCUCUCGAUGAACUGGCCACAGAGCAUAGUUCCCGGCUACAGAGUCGAAGAUCAGAGAGACACUUGGUGGACAGACAUUCCAAUGGAAACGGUCUGUUUCGGUUCCAGCAGCGAAGUCAUUCUCCUGAAAUUGUUGAAGUGCAGGAGGAAGGCACUGUAGAUGUAAAACCAGAUGAAAUCUUGAAGCUUGAGAUAGGGUCCAUUGUCUUCAUGGAAGAUUCUAACUGCCAGAAGGGUUUUCAAAUCAAUGAUAUUCGAACAGAAAGUGAGCCUCCUAUUUAUGGUGCUGUUCCUGUGGAAGAGCCUACCAAAUCCUAUUUGCUGUAUGUAGGUUCCAGUCCUUCUCAUCUGGAGCCAGCAUGGGAGGAUAUGAAUUCCUGGUACCAAGUUCAAAGACAGACAAAAGUACUGACCUUGAUGAAGCAAAGGGACAUUUCUAGCAGAUACAUACCACAGAUGGUAGCUUCUGGACGUGUAGGCCAUCCAGGCCCGUGCAACAAACCGAACUCCAGUGGGAGUUGUGGUCAUCCACUGUGCAGCACUCCAAUCCUUGUCACCUCACCAGUUGGGGAGACCAUUUCAAAUCUUAUACGGAACGGAUUGUUUGGUGUUGAGGAGGCUCUGAGAUGUUGCCAUGACUGUUUAUCUGCUCUUGCUGCUGCAUCAUCUGCGGGAAUCCGGCACGGUGAUAUCCGGCCAGAAAAUGUGAUCCGUGUCAGCAAUGGUUCAAGGCAACCACAUUUUGUACUUAUUGGAUGGGGUCAUGCUAUCCUAGAAGAUAGGGAUCGACCUUUGAUGAAUCUAUUCUUUUCAUCCACUUUUGCUCUUCAGGAAGGGAAGCUAUGUGCCGCAUCUGAUGCUGAAAGUUUAAUAUACCUUUUAUAUUUCUCGUGUGGUGGAGGCUGCCCAGAGCUUGACUCGGUUGAAAGUGCACUUCAAUGGAGAGAGACAUCAUGGUCAAGGAGAGUUAUACAACAGAAGCUGGGUGAUGUUGCAGCAGUUUUGAAAGCAUUUGCAGAUUAUGUUGACAGCCUUUGUGGGACCCCGUACCCAAUGGACUAUGAAAUAUGGUUACGAAGGUUCCGAAGAACAAUAAAUGAAGAUCAUGGGAAGGAGGUUGACACAUCAAGUUAG